AUGACCCUGUCCCAGAUCAGAAACCGCGUCCAGGCCCUGCAACGCAAAUACGCCAAGGAACUGGCUGUCUACCGACUCCGCCGCAUGGCCGAGGAAAUCUUCCACGACUGGAACGUCACCGUCGCCGACGGCAAGGAGGCCCCUGAAUCGCAUGCCGUAAUCUGGCAGAUAGCCCAGCGUGGCUUCCGCCUCUAUACCUACACUUCCCUUCAUCACUACCUUGCAAAGUGCAAAGAAGCAGGCAAAAGCCCCGAACCCCGCCAGAUCGUAAGCGUCCUGCUCCCCUGGGCCGAAACCGGCGGCUACCUGGAAGGGUUCCGCUGGGACCUGCCAGCACGGGACUAUUCGCCUUCCCCCUUUCAGUUGACGUAG